CCUCGCAGAUGAUUGGCUCUAAUAGACAAGGAUUCUCGGUCUCGUUUAGUAGCGUCCGGGCCUGCAUCUCGGCCUUGCGUCUUAACUAUAUGCCCGAGAUUUGUUGCCUAGAAUGCGUAUAGAUAUAGUAUCUUGUACCUUUCUACUCAAACCUCCCCCCCGUCUCUCCCAGUCUGUACACUGAGUGACUGAACAUGACGUCCGGACUCCUCGUCUCGCAACUCGCCCUCUACGCCCCCCUCACACUUCCAACCCUCUACCUCGUCUUCAGCCAUGGCCGCCACGGCCUCCUCGCCUGGCUCUACCUCCUCGCCUUCUGCGUUCUUCGCGUGACCGGGGCCGUCAUGGGCCUCCACAACCCGCAUAACACCGGCGCCCAGAUUAUAUCCAGUAUUGGGCUCUCACCGCUGCUGCUUUCAAUAGACGGGGUGUUGCAUGAGGCGAGAAUCUACUGUUUAUCCCCAAACAAGCGAACCGAAUGGACGUUCAUGGCGCUCAUCCAUGUCCUCGUGGCGACGGGGGUGGCAAUGGUUGGGGCUGGUGCAGGCGGGCUUCUGGGCGAUACGCCUAAGCCCAAUGAUUUAUCCAAUAUCAAGGUCGGCAUGGUGCUGUUGGAGGUUGCGUGGGGGGUGCUCGCUUUGUGGGGACUGUGGACUCGUUGCGAUGGGAGGGGUGCACCAGCGGGCUUGAUCGGGAGGGAGGGGUGGUUGCUCCUAACCGGCACCCUCCUCGCCCUUCCACUCGUCGAGAUAUCAGUGAUCUACAUACUUGUCGCGCAGAUCACCCAGCGCGCGGACCUAAAUCCGACGACAGGGAGUUUGGCGGUUCGUGUUGUGUUGGGGUUUCUUCCCGAGUUGCUCGCGGCGAUUGUUUUGGUUUUCGUUGGGAUUUUGACUAGGGGAGUGGGUGAAGUCGGUGCUGGUGCUGGUGAUGCUGGGCUGGGGCAUGCGCAUGGGCAUGAGCGCCGACACAGGCAUGCUCAUGGACAUGGAAGAAGGCGCUCGGGCUCGAAACAUGGCGCUCGGUUGCAUUCGAGGUCACGUUAGCCUUCGCCUUCAUUCGCUCUCUGCUGGGCGGAGCGGGCGAGGAGUAGUAUCGACAUGGGAGGUUAUCUCUUUCGUAUUCGUAUGGUACACUAUAUGCUCCAGCUGCAAAGCGCCAGACCGUUAUACAAUCAAGUCUGUCACGUGUAGAGACCGUGCUUCCUCCAUAUCAGUGGUCUCUUUGCAGGAUGCAUGCGGAGGCUUGCCUGGGGAUAGCUGAGCCAGUCUCAUGAAGGAAGAGGGAGGUUAACGAUAGAUGAGCCCCCAGAGAGUGAUCGAGAUAGAG